GCACGUGAGUCACUAUAAUCCAUUCAGUUACAAAUCAUUUUUGCAUUACUGCUGAUGUACUUACUGUACUCUGCCAGUUAUAAUACCAACUAUUUUCCACUACUUGUUCACUACUUGUUAACCACAUAUCUCCUCAGUGUUAUUCUCGAAAGCAGACACUUUUUCAAUUUAAUCUGCUAUCAAUUUGACCGAUUUAAUAAACCCAUAUAUCUAAUGAUGGAUUGGAGAACAAGGCUUAAUUCACGUGUGUGUUUGUCACACACUCAAUUGGUGUGAGUGUUUUGUAGGAUUGAUUGGGAGGGUGAACAUAUAGAAAUGAUCACACGAUUUUCUCGUUGUAGCAGCUCACAUCAAAUUGUAUAUUGGUAACUAGAAGAAUAAAAUAAUCAAAACUUGUCAGUCCUAUUCGCUCAUCAUCAUUCAUCUUCUAUGUGAUUUAUGUAUUAUCGAUCGGUAAUUUGUUGUUUGUUUGUUUGUAAGAAAUUGAUUUUUCAUUAUUUAUUGAAUUACUGAAUAAGAAGACAAGGUAAUGAGAAACAUAUUUCAUGUUAUUGAACAAUGUGUAGCGUGGCAUCGAGUCCCAGUUGACUAUUAACACCGCUACCAAGAAAACACAUGUCAAACAAAUCAGAAGGCGGAUUAGAACCAAGUUUAUUCAAUUGGCGAUUCCGAGGUAUCGAAUGAAUAUCAAGAUCGUGCCAAGAAAUGGUACAAGCGAAAGCAAGGGAACGGAGUACGUGCGAACAAAGCCAAAAACCGCGAAACAAUGAUGGGAGGUAUGGAAGCACAAAAUGGCUGUAAUUAGCACAGUUAAACAAAAACACAUUAAAACAAGCACUGGUACAGUUGGUUAUAAUAAUGAUUGUUUUCAUUAAAUCAAUCAUGUUCUCGUAAUAAAAGUAAGUCACUACAUAUGUUUAAUCAAAGCUUAGCACAACUGGAAUUAUAUCGUUAAUGUCAAAUGAACAUUUUAAAAAUCUAUUCAUCACGAAACUGUGUUAAAUAGAAAUUUUCGAAAAAUAAAUAGAAAAUUAGUCUGUUUUUGUUGUUGUUGAGAUUUUUAUCAGGAAAAGAAAUUGAACAAUCUGAGAAAAUUUAUAGGAAAAUCAACUCAUUACAUUUGAACAUGAAUAAAGUAAUAUGUAACAAAUUGUAAUGGUGGUAUACGUAACACUGAAUUUACUUUGUCGGUUCAUCAAUAAUACCGUAAUGUAGGUUGUCAGUUUUAAAAAAAAUACAACAAAGUUAUUUCUUUGAACAGGGACAAACAUGUAAUGACAGUGUGUUCAAGAAAUUCAUCUCUACACAUCAACUACAUGAGGUUGAAAUACUUAUCCAAAAACAACGAAGACAAUUUGCAAUUGAAACGCAGUGGACGAAUGAAUAAUCACCAGUUACAACUAGUGACUUCGUAACAACAGGAACAGUUUUAGUUGAAAUAGACUUGAAAAUGGAAGAAUAAAAUUGAAAGUAAUUUGAUGAUGACCAGAGAGAAGAGAGAAGUCAUACAAACAAAUGCUAGGUGUGGAAUCUGUUCAUUAUGUUCAUAAAGAACCAAUCCAAUGUUUGUUUAAACUCCUACUACGUUAAUCUGGUCUGAUGUGUCUGUCAACUAUCCCUCUUACAUGUGACCUACCAAUUGAACGCCUUUAUUAUCCUAUAGUGUUAGUGUGACUCAUCAUUUUUAUUCAUUUCGAUAAGACACGCAUUACUGGGUGGUAUGUUUGUGCGUUUCACCUUGUGGAGAUAGGCCUGACAAGCUUAUUUUGUAAAUAGUUUUUAAUAUUAUUUGUAUUUAUUUUGUCAAUCUUUCACUGAUUGUACCUGUUGUUUUAGUAAAUGACCAUGAACACGCUUUCCGUUGUGAUACUAAAAUAAGGUGACACACUUGUGGUUGUUCACAUUUACCUCAUCGGAGUUAUUACUCAUUUAUAAUUGUGGAUUUUGGUACCAAAACUCAACGGAAUACGCGACAACUAGCUGAUUUAAGUUGCUUGAUUAUGAUCAAUACAGCUCGGAAGUCAGCUUGUGCAUCAAGACAACCAUCAACACCAAUACUAACACCGUCGAAAGAGACCACAGUCACACGAUACACAACUGAGGAGUCGAGUGAAUUAACCGAAUUGGUAUUGAGAUAUCGAGAUGUUUGGAAAGACAAGAGUCGUCCAUCUGCAGUUCUUCAGAAACAUUUGUGGAUGCAAUUCGCACAUUACUUACACUCGAAGGGAUGGCCGAGAAGAAACUGGACUCAUCUGCGUCGAAAGGGUCUGCACAUGCUGAAGAAACUCAAUAACACGACAAUCAAUCAGUGGGAAGUGUCGAAAAGCAAUCCCAAUUCACCUGAAAAUCCCUCCAACCACACGUCACUCUCCAGUUCCAAUGAAAAUCGACACGUGAACGUGAACGGACAAAGUGACUCGGUGACCGAGAAUCAGUCGAGUGUGCAUCAAAUCAACUUGCCUACACUCACCCCCUCACCAGUGGUAACCAUCACCUCCAAACAUCCCACAUCAACACUCAGUCCUCCUACAAACCAUGUGCAACCGAAUCCUCCACACACAACUGGUCCAAAAAUCCUGAACGCAUUCUCAACAGCUCACAUGUCUCAACAACUGGUGAUUCCACAUGAUGCCGGAGUGCUGCAACCAACCACCACCACCAUCAACAACAACAACAACACGGUUGGUGAGGUGACGAUCAACCCUAACCGAGUCGCGCUACUGACUCCUCUCCAAUGUGUCUCGUUCGGAGUCGCGAAAACCCAUACUACAGACGUAUCUCCUAUUCAAGAAGUGAAUAUCUCGAACUCACCAUCCAACCAAACGAGUCGCAUUCCUCUGACUGCAACAAUUGAUUUAUCAACGUGGAGUGAGGACGAGGAGAGCUGUUCAGAGUUGAGUGGAACGCGAAAUCAGGCGAACACGAAUGACGUGAAUGAUUUUGAUGAAAAUGCCAAGGAUUGUAUCACAUCCGAAUGUGAGAGAACCCCAUUGUCAGAGAUGUUGAUUCACAAGCAAAUGAAGUGUCUAGAUCUGAAGAUUGAAAUUCUCCAGAUGAAGAAGCAAUAUUGGUCCGAGAAACUGAAUUCAUCAUCGAAAAGCUGAAUGUUUGGUGAAAGCCAAUCUUCACAUGAACUACCAUUGUGAUUGUCAUCAAUUCUAUUCACAUAUGAAUAGUAAAUUCAAUUGUAAAUUCAAUUUAUACAUAUGUAUGUAUAGGUAUUGUGACUGACGAAGAUUGUUCUCCUUUUCAUCAUUAUUGUCUAUUCGUGGUGUGUGUGCGUGUGUGUGAAGUUGUCUGUCAGUUAGUCAUUUUGUUUCGAAUCCAUUUGAAGUGGACUGUUGUUCAAUACUGCUUUGUUUCAAAUGUUCACUACUCUAUUGACUACUCUGUUGCAUACUGUACAUAAUUAAAUUUAAAUGUUGGUUUUGUAAAACUCUUAUUUUGUCUUUGAAUUAAUUUAUGAACGUCGUGGACAAUUGGUUGUGUGGAUGACGGAUGAUACUUGACUUUGAAUACAAAUAUGUUAGAACUUUGUCAAUUUUAUUUCUUAUCAUGGUGAUCAAUUGGUUUGAUUUGUAUUUAUUCUAGUGAUUUCUGUGUAAUUAACUGCUUCAUUGAUAUUUCAUUUAUGAUACAUAUUCGAUAUAUGUGUAGAGUUGAUGUCAACUUGAAAUUCUUGAUGACCACAUGUGACGGAAAUAGGAGAGAAUAAACGGUCUAAUUUGAAUGAUGAUGUCAACGAUAAUAAUAAUAAAAUUAAUAAUGUUGAUGCUUGAUAAAAAUAAAUGUACUUUUGUUAUAUCCCAAUAAGUAGGAUUAUUGUAUUUUUGACGUUUCUUGACAUAUUGUAAAUCACUUCCUCAGAGUAAAUAAAUAACCAAUAUUAUGUUAACUAUAUGAAUUCGGUGUUCAUCUUGUUGUGCUAAAGAGCUAUGGCAACUUGACCGAUGCACAUAUGUGCCAGGUGAUACGUUGUAGCUGACUGACUGAAGUUUGAAUAGUAUUAAUGAAUCAGAGACACAGUAGAUUGAAUGUUGUGAACUGGUCGAAAAUGAAGUGAUUCAAAUGAUAAAAAUGAACAAUUUCAUGAAGAUUUCUUUCUUAGAGCAUUGUGUACAUUGGUGAUUGGUAGAAUUUCUUAAAUGAGUGAGUAUUGACCAAUUGAUGGAUAAUGAGCCUUGUCAUUAACAUUAUGCACUCAAUAAUAAACUCUUGUGCAUAUUUUGUGCCGAACAGAUUGACCAAUUACUUUCAUUUUAUAGUUUUCUGAAAGAGUCAGUUUAAUUCAAUAUCAUGGCAAAAACAAUAUUCAAAUAAUUGGUUCAAGAUCAGAUUUCGAAACAUACACAGCAGUAUGAACUGAUCAAUAAUUUUUGACUGUAUUAAUGAGUGAAUUGAAAUGCCGAUAUUUAUGUUCAUAAUUACUUGUUCACAAACUUAUCAUUGAAUCAUCAUACUCAUUCAUGUGAACAUGACAACUUGCACUCCGAACAUUCAUUUCAUUAAUUUGCAUAAUAUGGAACAGUCUCUCUCUUCUUUGUAGUGGUUGAAUCCAAUGACAAAGUGAUAAAUACAAGAAUACCUGAACAAAUACCAAACAUUGAUCACUUCGAUAGGAAGAAUAACAAUGGAGGAAAAUAACUGAAUGUAGAGUAGUAAUAUUAGUAAUAAGUCAUACGUUCUAUCAUAAAAACAUAUUGCGUACUCAAUGUCUUCAACUUUAUGAUCACAGAUCAUAAGCAGAAGAUUUUGAGUGGCUAGUAAGCAAUUAUUAAAUCUGUGUAGAAGAG